UUUUUUUUUGAAUGUGGCCCCGUCUUCAUGACAAGACCUUCACUUCAAAAACGUUUCCAUUUGAACCUCUUCCCUCCAUUUCCAUUUGAACCUCUCCUCUCUCGAUCUACUCCAAAGCCAUUGCCAUUCGAACCUUCCCUCUCUCUCUCUCUCUCUCUCUCUCUACACCCAAGCCCAUUUCCAUUUGAACUUCCCCUCUCUCUCUACACCAAACUCAAUUCAACUCUCCAUGACUACUGGUCCUCUCAUAGCAAGAAAGCUCCCUCCAAUUCUCUCACUACUAGACUCAUGCACCCACAUGAACCAACUCAAGCAAAUCCACGCCCACAUCAUAAUACAAGGACUUUCUCGCUCUAACUUCACAGGAAGUCGCCUCAUUGCCUUCUGUGCUGUAUCACCCUAUGCUUCAAUUGAUCAUGCAAAGCUAAUCUUUGCUCAAAUUCAAGAACCCAGUAUAUUUACAUGGAACUCCAUGAUCAGGGGCUUAUCAAUGAGCUCAAACCCAAAAGAAGCCAUUGUAUUUUACUCCCAAUUACUCUGCAAAAACACCCAACCGAACAAUUUCACCUUCCCGUUUGUGAUCAAAGCUUGCACUGAAGCUGCAGCCGUGGAAACAGGGCUUCUACUCCAUAACCAUGUAAUCAAACUUGGGCUUGAGUUGGAUGCCUAUGUUCUCAGCUCUCUUAUUCAUAUGUAUGCAAGUGGAGGCAAAAUCGACGCAGCGAUCAAGCUCUUUGCCGAGGCUUCUGAAGAAGAGGUGGUCUCAUGGAACGCAAUGAUCGAUGGGUACGUGAAAUCAAGAGAUUUACAGAGUGCUCGUUCCAUAUUCGAUAGAAUGCAACAGAAAGAUGUGGUUUCAUGGAACACCAUGAUGAAUGGUUAUGCGAAUUUUGGCCUAAUUGAAGAGGCACUAAUUCUGUUCGAUAAAAAUCCAAAAAAGAAUACAGUCUCUUGGAAUGCCAUGAUAGCUGGUUACACAAAGUGCGGUGAUGUUGAAAAUGCUCGAAAGUUCUUUGAUCAAAUGCCAAAGAGAGAUGUGAUUUCAUGGAACUCUAUGCUCGCGUGUUAUGCACAAAGCAGCCGAUCCAACGAAGCGCUGAAUCUCUUCAAACAAAUGCUUUCACAUGACAUUCGGCCGACUGAAGCGACAGUAGUGAGUGUAUUAUCUGCUUGUGCUCAUUUGGGUGCACUCGAUCAGGGCAAGUGGGUUCACAAUUAUAUUGAUCGCGAAAAAGUACGGCUCAAUGCCAUAUUGGGAACUGCUCUGUUAGACAUGUAUGUGAAAUGUGGAAACCUUGGCAGCGCGGUUAAGGUUUUCGAAAUUCUCAAAGAGAAGGAUGUCUUGGCAUGGAACACCAUGAUAGCUGGUUUCGCCAUGAAUGGCUAUGCUGAGAAGGCCAUGCACCUCUUUGUACAGAUGCACGACAUGGGAUUUAAGCCUGAUGAUCUCACAUUUGUGGGCAUGUUAAGUGCAUGUAGCCAUGCUGGGUGGGUGGAUGAUGGAUGCCGUAUCCUCAAAUCCAUGUGCGAUGACUACGGCAUCGAGCCCAAGGUCGAGCACUAUGGGUGUGUCAUUGACCUCUUGGGUCGAGCCGGCUUGCUCGAUGAGGCAAUCGAGCUCAUAAGCAGCAUGCCCAUGGAGCCUAAUGCGAGUGCAUGGGGUGCACUUUUAGGAGGAUGCCGAAUUCAUGGCGAUGUAGAGCUUGGUGAAUGGGUUGGUCGCCGACUAAUCGAGCUCGAACCUCACCACAGCGGUCGAUAUGUACUUUUAUCGAAUAUUUAUGCAGCUGCGAAUCGCUGGGAGGAUGCGAAAAGAGUGAGAAAUAUGAUGAAGGCGAGAGGAGUCGCAAAAUCACCAGGUUGGAGCAUGAUAGAGAUUAAGGGGAUUGUUCACCAAUUCUUAGCCUCAGAUAGAAUGCACCAUGAGAGUGAAGCUAUCUAUGCCAUGUUAAAUGAGAUUACUAAAAGACUAAGGACUGAAGGUGGUUAUGAGCCUGAUACUAAGCAAGUAUUGUUUGAUAUAGGUGAAGAGGAGAAGGAGCAUGCAUUAUCAGUGCACAGUGAGAAGUUGGCCAUUGCUUUUGGGUUCUUGCACUUGGGUUCUGAUGAAGUUAUUAGAAUUGUGAAGAACCUUAGGGUUUGUGGGGAUUGUCAUAGUGUUACUAAAAUGAUCUCUAGGGUUUAUAAGAGAGAAAUUGUAGUGAGAGACAGGAAUAGGUUCCACCAUUUUAAAGAUGGAGUGUGUUCUUGUAUGGAUUAUUGGUGAUUAUUGGUGAUUCACCAAGUUUUGUGAGAAAAAUUUUUCCGUCAUCAUGUAAACUAUUCUGAUUAUAUUUACCAAAGUAA